AUGCAGGUGCCCUUGUUCCGCCUCCAGUGCGGCGUCAACUCGUAUGAAUGGGGCAAAAAGGGCAAAGAUUCUGCCGCGGCAAGGUUUGCCGCUGCUACGCCGAGAGAGGGACUGAGCAUCGAGGCGGAGAAGCCGUAUGCCGAGCUUUGGAUGGGCACCCACCCCUCCAACCCUUCCCGACACCUCGAGACCGGCCGAACCCUGCUGGAGCUCUGCGCCGAGAACCAGAUGCUCAUCUCCUCUUCCGUUUCCGAAAAGUACGGCGCCAAACUGCCGUUCCUCUUCAAGGUGCUUUCCAUCAACAAGGCGCUUUCGAUCCAAGCCCACCCCAACAAGCGGUUGGCGGAGAAACUGCAUGCGCGGGAUGCCAGAAACUACCCCGACGACAACCACAAGCCAGAGAUGGCGAUUGCAAUCACUCCCUUUGAGGGACUGUGCGGCUUCAGACCCCUCGCCGAAGUCAGCCACUUUCUCGGAGCGAUUCCGCCCCUGCGGGCCUUGGUUGGCGAGGAGGCCGCGAGCGAGCUGGCCAAGACGGCCGCGCAGGGCGACGACGGGGACGAGGCAGCCAAGAAACAGGCGCUGAAAAGGGCGUUUGGGUCUCUGAUGGCCUCGUCGGCGGACGAGGUCAGCAAGGAAAUGGCCAAGCUGGUCGGGCUGGCAAAGUCGGAGGGCGACCGGUUCGCCGCAGGCGGAGUGGCCUCCACGUCGGGCCUAGUCUUGUCGGAGCUGGUGACCCGGCUGCAUGGCCAGUUCGGCGACGACAUCGGCAUCUUUGUCCUCUUCUUCCUCAACUAUGUCACGCUCCAGCCCGGCGAGGCCUUGUUCCUCGUCGCCGACGACAUCCACGCCUACGUGUCCGGGGACAUUGUCGAGUGCAUGGCCGCCUCGGACAACGUUGUGCGCGCGGGACUGACGCCAAAGUUCAAGGAUGUCGGCACGCUCGUCGACAUGCUCACGUACAACUGCGCGCCGAUCGACGAGCAGAAGAUGGCGCCCAGGGACUACCCGUACGCCACGCUCAACCGGACGGCGUACAGCUCGGGAUCCGCGGUGGUGCUGUACGACCCGCCCAUCGAGGAGUUUAGCGUGGUGCGGUCGGUGCUCUACGGCGACGGCGCCAAGGCGACCUUUGAGCCCCUGGAAGGGCCCAGCAUUGUCAUCUGCACGAAUGGCCAGGGGAAGAUUAGCGUCGGGCCGACGACGCUGGAUGUCAAGGAGGGCUAUGUCUUUUUUGUAGGGUCGACGGCUGAGUGUGUGCUCGAGUCGGCGGGCGGGCCAGACGACCAGUUUAUCACGUUCAAGGCGUUUUGCGAGGUUGAGGGAGGAAAGGGGAGACUGUAA